AUGAAAGCAUUCAAGAAGAUACUGGGAAAAAAAAACAAGAACAAACCAAAUUUCAUCAUAAAAGACAAGAGACCACCCACAGGGCCAGCCGAAGAGUUCAAGCACCUUCAAAACAACAAAGACAAUACGAUCCACCCGAAAGCAGAAGUCAAACUCCGAAGAUGGAACCGGAUCCCAGGGAGGAAACUUUCCCCCUCCACGACCUAUAACCCUCCAACACUCAAACAUAACGUCCAGCCGCCAUACCUCGGUCCUAAAGACUCCUGCCACCCCAGUUUCCCCAGUCCACUCUCCUUCAACAAAUCCCUAAAGAAGCUAAACUUAAGCCAGAACAAAAAUCGCCGCCCUAAUAUCCAAAAGAAGAAUAGUUAG